CUCUAAACCCCCCUUACUCUUGCUUUUCCCAGACAUUAGGGACCUUCCUACCCCACUCACAGAGCUGGCAGUCUGGCGGGCCCAGUACCCUGUCAAGGUUUCCAGCCGGAGGCCGGACAGCCAUCGGAGGAGGCAAAGCCAUCUGGACGUCUGGGUCCCAGCGAGGCCCAACCGCCUUAAGACCUCGCGCCUCUGCCCUGCUGAGCCGGGGAAGUCGCACUUCUCGUCUGGUUAUCUUGGGUGUCCGGAAGCGGAGUACGAUUCCUAAGUCCCCGCCAGGCGGCGCCGUCAGCCUGGCCUGGAUUCCCCUGUGGCUGUGAGCCUUGGCCACCCCAGGGCUGUUGAAAUUGGCGAGCAGAGAGGAGAAGCGGGCUGUCGGAAAGCAGUCUACCACUUGGAAUAACUUUUACCCUGGAUUGUGUUUUCCAUCAUUAGGAUCUCCUGAAGUACAUAUAUAAAUUCUUAUGCUCCACCCUCAAAGAUCCUGAUUCCGGGGAUCUCGGGUGACGUUUUUUUUAUUUUACUUUUGGCUGCCCUGAGUCUUCCUUGCUUUGCGUGGGCUUUCUCUCCUUGGAGUGAGUGGGGGCUGCUCUUCCUUGCAGUGCCUGGUCUCAUUGUGGUGGCUUCCCUUGUUAGGGAGCACUGGGCUCUAGAGUUCAGGCUCAGGAGUUGUGGUGCACGGGUAUGUGGAAUCUCCCCCGACCAGGGAUCCCGCCCGUUUCCCCUGUGUUGACACGUGGAUUCUUAACCACUGGACCAUCAAGGAAGUCUGAAAGUCAGCAUUUUUAAAACACCCACUCCAGGUUGAUGCCGGUAGUCUGCACACCUCACUUUCAGAAACUCUCAUAUAACUGAUGGAGAGGAACACUACAUUGGGUUGGUUAUGGGACUGUUUAUCUUCUUGAGAGCUUCCAAGAGGAAGUGAUUCUAACAGGGCUUUGUACUGAGAGACUAGAAUAUCUACUGGUUCUUUGCCUCACAGUUAUGAAUUCCCUCUCCUGCCACUACCAGGAUGCAGAAGAUCUCAGUGCUGCUUUUCCUGGCCUGGGUGAGCUUCCUCUUCUACGCCGGCAUUGCUCUCUUCACCAGUGGCUUCCUGCUCACCCGUUGGGAGCUCACCAACCAUAGCAGCUGUCAAGAGCCCCCAGGCCCUGGAGCCCUGCCAUGGGGGGGCCGAGGGGAACCGGGGGCCUGCUGGAUGGCUUCCCGAUUCUCUCGGCUCGUGUUGGUGGUGAUAGAUGCUCUGCGAUUUGACUUUGCCCAGCCCCAACGCUCACCUGUUUCUGGGGAGCCUCCUGUCUCCCUGCCUUUCCUGGGUAAAAUGGGCUUCUUGCAGAGGCUCCUGGAAAGUCAGCCUCACCAUGCCAGGCUCUACCAAGCCAAGGCUGACCCCCCGACCACCACCAUGCAGCGCCUCAAGGCCUUAACCACCGGCUCACUGCCUACCUUUGUUGAUGCUGGCAGUAAUUUUGCCAGCAGCGCCAUAGUGGAAGAUAAUCUCAUUAAGCAGCUUUCCAGUACAGGAAAACGUGUGGUCUUCAUGGGAGAUGAAACCUGGAAUGAUCUUUUCCCUGGAGUUUUCUCCCAAGCUUUAUUCUUCCCAUCCUUCAAUGUCAGAGACCUAGAGACAGUGGACAAUGGCAUCAUGAAACACCUCUACCCAACCAUGGACAGCGACAAAUGGGAUGUGCUGAUUACUCACUUCCUGGGUGUGGAUCACUGUGGCCACAAGCAUGACCCUUACCAUCCUGAAAUGGCUAGGAAACUUACCCAAAUGGAUAAAAUGAUCCAGGGACUCGUGAAGCGUCUGAAGAAUGACACACUGCUGGUGGUGACUGGCGACCAUGGGAUGACUGUCAGUGGGAACCAUGGAGGAGACAGUGAGCUGGAAACCUCAGCUGCGCUUUUUCUAUAUAGUCCCAGAGCUCUCUUCCCCAGUGCUCCUGCAGAGGAGCCAGAGAUAAUUCCUCAAAUCAGCCUUGUGCCUACGCUGGCUCUGCUGCUGGGCCUGCCCAUCCCAUUUGGAAACAUCGGGGAGGUAAUAGCUGAGGUGUUCUCAGAGAUUGAAGACUCCCAGCCUCGCUCCUCCGCUCUGGCCCAAGCCUCAGCUCUGUAUCUCAAUGCCCAGCAGGUGUCCCGAUUUCUUCACACCUACUCAGCCACUGCUCAGGACCUUCAAGUUCAGGAGCUGCAUCGAUUGCAGAAGCUCUUCUCCAAGGCUUCUGCUGACUACCAGCGACUUCUGCAGAGCCCCCAGGGGGCUGAGGCAGCGCUCCAGACUGUGAUUCCUGAGCUGCAGCAGUUCCUGCGGGGAGUUCGGGCCAUGUGCAUUGAGUCUUGGGCUCGUUUUUCUCUGCUCCGCAUGGCAGGGGGUGCUGCUCUUCUGGCUGCUACCUGCUUUCUUUGCCUACUGGUAUCCCAGUGGGCAUCAUCCCCAGCCUUCUGUUUCGGCCCUCUCCUAAGACCCAUGGCCUCGGGUCUGAGUGGGGCCAUGGUGUGUGCUGGACUCCUGGCAUCUACUGGGCUGAAGCUGGAUUCCGUGGUUCUAGGGGUCAUGGCUGCAGUGGGCUCACUUCUGCCUUUUCUGUGGAAAGCUUGGGCGAGCUGGGGAUCAAAAAGUCCCCUGGCAUCUCUCCUUCCCAUGCCCGGGCCAGUCCUGUUACUCCUGCUCAUUCGCUUUGCUGGUUUCUUCUCCGAUAGCUAUAUUAUAACUGAGGCCAGGGUUGCCCCCUUCCUUUUGAUCUCACUCACCUUGCUCCUGGUUGCUCGACUUCACUGGGAGGGCAAGCUGCUGCCACCUAAGCUACUCUCAAUACCUCGCCUUGGCUUUUUAACUCCAACAGGCCCCCCACAAUACAGUGCCAUGCAUGCCAUGGGACUUGGAGUUGGGUUGCUUUUAUGUGUAAGGCUAGCUGGACUUUUUUAUCGCUGCCAUGAAGAGACACCUGUUUGCAGCUCCUCUCCUUUGCUGAGUCCCUUGCGAUCCACAGUGGAUGGUCGAGCCAAGAAUUUGUGGUAUGGAGCUUGUGUCGGGGCUCUGGUGGCCCUGUUAGCCUCUGUGCGGCUGUGGCUUCGCUGCUAUGGUAAUCUCAAGAGCCCUGAGCCCCCUGUGCUCUUUGUGCGCUGGGGGCUGCCCCUAAUGGGACUGGGCACUGCUGCCUACUGGGCAUUGGCAUCAGGGGCAGAUGAAGCACCCCCACGUCUCCGGGCCCUGGUCUCUGGUGCGUCAGUUAUGUUGCCUCGGGCUGUGGCAGGGUUGGCCGCUUCAGGGCUCAUGCUGCUGCUCUGGAGGCCUGUGACAGUGCUGGUGAAGGCCACAACAGGUGCUCCAAGGACCAGGACUGUCCUCACUCCCUUCUCAGGUCCCCCCACUUCUCAGGCUGACCUGGAUUAUGUGGUUCCUCAAAUCUACCGACACAUACAAGAGGAGUUCCGGGGCCGGCUAGAGAGGACCAAAUCUCAGGGUCUGCUGACGGUGGCUGCCUGUCAGUUGGGGAGCGUCUACUCAGCUGCUGUGGUCACGGCCCUCACCCUCUUGGCCUUCCCACUUCUGCUAUUGCAUGCAGAGCGCAUUAGCCUUGUGUUCCUGCUUCUGUUUCUGCAGAGCUUCCUUCUCCUGCAUCUGCUUGCUGCCGGGAUACCCAUCACCACCCCUGGUCCUUUUACUGUGCCGUGGCAUGCAGUCUUAGCUUGGGCCCUCAUGGCCACACAGACCUUCUAUACCACCGGCCACCAGCCUGUCUUUUCAGCUAUCCAAUGGCAUGCAGCCUUCGUGGGAGUCUCAGAGAGUCGUGACUUUACCUGGCUGUCAGCUUUCCUGGUGGGAGCCAACACCUUUGCCUCCCAUAUUCUCUUUGCAGUAGGUUGCCCAUUGCUCCUGCUCUGGCCCUUUCUGUGUGAGAAUCAAGGAUCCCGGAAGAGGCGGCAGCCCCCAGGAAAUGAAGCUGAGGCCAGAGUCAGGCCUGAGGAGGAGCAGGAGCCACGGAUGGAGAUGCGGCUCCGGGAUGCACCCCACCACUUCAGUGCAGCACUGCUGCAGCUGGGCCUCAAGUACCUCUUUGUCCUUGGUAUUCAGAUUCUGGCCUGUGUCUUGGCAGCCUCCAUCCUCCGCAGGCAUCUCUUGGUCUGGAAGGUGUUUGCCCCCAAGUUCAUUUUUGAGGCCAUGGGCUUCAUUGUGAGCAGCGUGGGACUUUGUCUAGGCAUAGCUUUGGUGAUGCGAGUAGAUGGUGCUGUGAGCUCCUGGUUCAGGCAGUUAGUUCUGACCCAGCAGAAAGCUGGAGAACAAUCUAGCCUGGUCUAUACGGGUGCUGGAUCAUCUGCAAGAAAGGCUCAGCCACACCUCUUACCACCAUGCAGCCAGGACCUACUGGCAUCUGGGACUUCAUUAUUUUAUAAUUCAAGAUCAUAGUAGAGCCUAAUUCCUAACUCCUGCAUUGGAUACAUCUGAGCAACUGAGGGGCUGUCUCCAAAGUGGAAUAAAAUAAUAAAGUAAAUAUAUGUGUCUGAGGUGUGGCGAAGCCCUGACUGUCCUGUAAGGGAUAUGAGGAAGUUCUGUCUCCCUUAUCCAGGCACAGAUAGGAUCAGCUGUCUUACGCAGACCUGGCUGCAUCUAAGACCCUUUGAGAAGUGGUUAGAGUUGUCUGAAUUCACUUCUCCCAACUCUUUGCAAAUCACUACUGUUAUUCCACCUGCCAUUUCGCUUUGCCAUGGGAUGUAUUUUACUAAAUUCUUUUGCUUUGGCUGAUAACA